UGUGCAUACAAUCUAAUUUUGUUUGUUUUUCUUCCAAGAUGCAUCCUGUACUAAAAGCCUUUUUUUGUGGUUCAAUCAGUGGAACCUGCUCCACCCUGCUCUUCCAGCCUCUUGACUUGCUUAAAACUAGGAUGCAGACUUUGCAGUCAACUGUCAGUGGAUCAGGUCGUAUUAAGAUGAUACCUCUACUCUUCAAACUCGCUCAUACAGAAAGCAUAUUUGGGCUGUGGAAAGGUGCUUCUCCCUCCUUUGCACGAUGCAUUCCAGGAGUUGGGAUUUACUUCAGCACCUUAUAUAUGAUAAAACAUCAUUUUUUCUGGGAACGCUCUCCUACUGCUUUGGAAUCAGUUCUUUUGGGUGCAACUUCACGAACUGUAGCUGUUAUUUGUAUGUUACCCAUCACAGUAGUAAAAACACGAUAUGAGAGUGGAAAAUACAGCUAUGAAAGUGUGUAUGGAGCCUUGAGAAAUAUCUAUCGGUCAGAAGGAGCCCGGGGUUUGUUUAGUGGCCUGUCAGCAACACUUCUUCGUGACGCCCCUUUUUCUGGCAUCUAUCUGAUGUUCUAUACACAGACCCAAAAGCUUGCAUCCUAUGGCCAACUAGAUACAACCGUUGCACCACUUAUGAACUUUGGUUGUGGAACUGUGGCUGGGAUUCUGGCCUCAUUAGCUACUCAGCCUGCUGAUGUCAUCAAAACACACAUGCAACUGUCAUCUGAAAAAUACCUUCAGACUCGCCAGACCAUUGCCUUAAUAUUUAGGACUUAUGGACUGGCUGGCUUUUUCCAUGGUGCUGUUCCACGAGCUUUGCGGCGCACCCUGAUGGCAGCAAUGGCAUGGACUGUCUAUGAACAAAUGAUGGCUAAGAUGGGUUUAAAAUCCUAAGGGAUAUGGCAAGAAACAAUCGUUCUACCUUUAUUUGUCCACUUACUGUGAUUGUUUGGUGAGGCUUGUGUUUGGAGUAGUCCUAUGUGGAAAGUCCCUUGCUUAGGCAGAUUUUAUCAAUUUUAUCAAUUACUGAAUUCCAAAACAGUGCCUCAGAAUCUUUAGAAAUAUGAGUGAAUGGAGUAGAAUAAUGUGACAGCAUAGGGGA